AUUCUUCAUAAACCAUGAGUAUUGCAGGAUCCACCACUCGCUCGGGUGGCGGAAAUUUUAGAAUGUUCCAGCAGGGCUCGGCACUCCUGAGGAGACGCCAACCAGGCACGGAUAACAUACUAUUUCAUCAUGUAAGCCAUCCAACCUUUCAUGGAGAGCUUCAGGCUUGCGGCUCGUCGCCCUCGAUGACUUAAUGCUGGCAUCCAAGAGGCAGUGUAUCUGUGGCAUGUGCCGGGACAUGGCGGUGAAGUGUGUUCUUCAUUUUUGAAGGGGCGUGAGCAGCGCGCCUUACGUCUUGUGCUUCAUUGAUUCAUGGCGUCUUAGUUGCUAGGCAACCCGAGGACGCUGAGCUCCUAUAUGAAUGCCAGGUCUCAUUUGCUUGAUUAUUAUAACCAGCCAGGUAGGACUUGAACUGGACAGGCGACAUUAGUGCCACGCGAGGGUCUGGAUGACAGUCAAGCGGCAAAUUUAGCAUUUCCAACGUGACCUGGGGAGGCGACCACACUGUCCGCCUGCAGUCGGGAGGAGGUCACCGCUGAAGGCAGACGCUGGUGCUGGUCUUGGCGAGGUGCGACCCCCGACCCUCCUGCUGGUACUCAGCGGGAGGACGUGGCUCGCUGCUGUGAGGACAACACCAACCACUGGCGAGGGCCCGCACGCACCCACUCCCCAUACCCUGGGCCAAGGCGGCCUGCGCGGCGGCGGCGGCAGCGGCGAAAACGAGCGACUAGCGGCCCGAAGGAAGGUGCCAAGUGUGAGUCGGAGAUGUAGACUAAGAAAAACAAAGUUGAAUUUUAAGUGAUCGAUCCGAGUAGUGAUUCAAAAGACUACGGAGCAAUGAUCAUGAUGGAUGACUGCCGCACGCCCACAGGCCACCGCCCCAUGCCAAGGGCACGCUCACACAACUGAAGGUAUAGAGCGAUUUCCCCCGUGGCCAAGACUCCUGCAGCAGCGAGGGUAUUUGCACCUACGCCCUAAUGUAGUGCUAUUGAUCACGGUGACCUGCGAACCAUUAGCAAGAGAUGUCCGAGUGACCGAGCGCCGCCGCGUGCCCGCCGCCCGCAGCCCAGUGUCACUUCCAGUAGUGGGCGUGGGUCCUCGCCGGGGUGACGCCACAAGGCUUCCCGUGCUCACAUGCAUGUCGAAGCGACGUGCUGACCACCACAGUAAACAAUGUCCGUGAGUGCCAAUCUUGCCAGAAUGUACCGCGCGUUCUACGACCACUUUGUAGAACUUUAGGAAUGUGACGCCCACCACUUGCGCCUGACCAGACUUACCGAACAAAGGAACUCACCACGCCACUGCACCCACCAAGCAGGAAGGAAGGAGCGAUCAGUGUGCAUAAACAUUAAGUUUGCGUCAUAACAUCUGGCGGGUGUGCUGAGGCGGCCGUGACAGCUCCAGGUGUUCACGGAAACUGUCCGCGACUCAACAGGAACAGGUCGAUAGGGAUCAGUGACGCUCAUUAGCUCAUCACCACCCUGACGGCUCCUGCCGGGGUGGGGGCAGGAGGGACGGGGACACUGGGCCGUGACUCGCCGCGGUGUGAAUGAGCUGAGGAGGACAUGGGGCAGGCUGGGGGAGGCGGGGCAACUUUCCAGCUCUCCCCAGCCCGUGCCCCGUCCCGUCCGGCCCCGCCCCGCCCGCUACGAGUGUGACAAGGUGGCAUCCCACCCCCGCCUCCUCAAUGCUCCAGCAGCCCAAACAGAGGCAAAGUCAGUCUGCCGCCAAGACCAGGAAAUGUGAGAACGGCAAGACACUUUCCCUGAACGUAAAUGGGGGUCGGGUUUUUAAGACCUCUGACCGCCCUAGAACCCGCCCCGCCGCCCACCUCUAUGGACCACACCGCACCCGUACCGCCACUACCACCACCGCCUCCGCCGCCCACCCUACCCAUGGCUACCGCGCGGGGCACCAGCAGGCCCCGCCCGUGCCACGCCAGGACCUGCAGAUGACCCCACUCACGGUGCCCCUCCUGCCCCAUGUGCCGCCCCGCCCCAUCCUCACCCAGCGUAUGCCGACCCCACUCAGAUCCUCGCGUGUUUACUCCGGCCGGCGUGCUUCUCCCAGCCGCCCCAGUGCCCCGCCCCCCGGCCAGGCUCAGCUCACGGCCCAGAUUCAACUGCUGCGGCCCAACAACACUCCCGUAUCAGUGGAGAAGGUGGACCUCGAUCGACGAGGCCUCACAUCCUGGCCAGCGUUGGGUGCCGGAGAGGAACCCGUGCGUCUCUUGUCUCUGCAACACAACCUCCUGACUCGCGUGGACCCGCCCUCCCCGUCGCCCUCCCUCGUCCUUCUCGACCUGUACCACAACCACCUAAACAACCUACAUGGCCUGCACGCCUUCCCCAACCUGCGUGUUCUCAUGCUGGCCAAAAACAGACUGUCACGGCUGGACGGGCUGGAGCACCUCACCAAACUAGAAGUGCUGGAUCUACACGGCAACCAGCUCCACCACCUACAGGGACUCGCCCACCUUAAGGAGCUGCGUCUGCUGAACCUCGCGGGCAACAUGUUGCGACACGUGACGGGGCUGCGGGGCCUCGACUGUCUGGUGGAGCUCAACCUUCGCCGCAACCUGAUCCGCACCGUGGCCGACCUGCACUACCUGCCGCGCCUCGAGAAGGUCUUCAUGGGCUACAAUGAGAUCUACAGAUAUGAAGACCUUGCCUGCCUCCAGAACUGCCUCAAGCUGCGAGAACUAUCCUUGGAGGAGAACCCCAUCAGCAGACAGCCUCACUACUUCCACCACACCGUCGCCAGGUUCUACAGGCUCAAGAGGCUGGAUGAUCAGGAGUUGACUAUGGAGACAAGGCGACAGUCAGAGAAGGUGCUGCAGAAGGCAAAGGAGAAGGAGCGCCUGCAAGCAACACGCAUCAGUGAUGAAGAGAAAAGGAACUCAGCCAUCACCAACGCCAUGAAGAACUGGCAGGUGCUCAAGAGGCAGCACCGCAAGCUUGUCCGCAAACCCAGCGAGAGUUCCACCAGCACCAGCGACCAGCCUCCCUCCAAGGACAGUGACGGCACCACCUCCAGUGGCUUCUGUGGUGACACAGUAUCUGAUGUUGGCGAAGAAGAAGAGGCAGAGGAGGAGGGGAAGGAGGAGAAGGAAGGAAAGGAGGGAAGCACCAAAAAGAAGGAAGGGGAGGAGGAGGCCAAGGCAGGUGGUGAAGAAAAGAGCCCGUCUGAAGCCACUGAGGAGCAGCAGCAGGAGGACGAUCGCGCCUCGCUGGCUUCCUCUGCCACCUCCAGCGGCAUCUCCGACGUGAGUCUGGUGCACCGAGCCACCAAACAGCGGCUCACUGAGGUGCCGGCACAGCCUACCGCCUCUCAGGCUGACACAGACAAGGAGACAAAGCCGGCCUCAGAGAGUAUAAAGAAAGUUUCUAAGAAAACUACUGCCAAGUGUGCUGACAAGGCUAACCUGCCAAGGAGCAAGUCCUACACGGACAUGAGGAUUCUAAAAAAGAAGCCUUCCUUUGAGGAGGACAAUGCAGUCAAGGUUAAGUUAGCAAAGACUCCUGAGAUACAGCGAGGAGGGUGUGAGGCAUGGGGUGGGUCGGGGCGGGGUGGGGAAAGGAUAACUCUGGAGGCGGCACCACGCAGUGUGCUGCCAGUGCAGAGCCUGCCAGUGGGGCGUCGUGGCGGCCGACUAGGCAGCCCACGGACAACUGAGAAGACGGUGCCUCGCAUAAUAGCCAAUGAGAGUGGCAAGCGAGGCAACCCAAAAAACUUUGAAGUGCUGAAGAAAAGUGAUGGGACGCGAGGUGCGGGUCACCUGCCAGACAAGGUGGUGAGUGCCGCCAUAACCAGAGUCAGGUCUAAUCUCAGUCUUCCGGUCCAGAGCCCCGAGGUGCCCUUAUCUCCCAGGAAUGCUGUGUCAGAGCCCUCGGAGAUCGACUCCAGCUCAGACGCUGAGUCUGCUGCCACCGCCACCACCACCAACACUGCUGUCACACACACCAGCCUGGGGGAGCCUGCAGCCAACCCUGCAGUAGCCCCACGGGGACCACACAGCCUGGCUGACCUGCGGGUGCCGCUGGCCCGGCCCAAAGAGCAGGAGCGGCCCGCUGCUGAGAAGAUUGACAAGUCUGUCUCUGCAGUGGGCCAAAGCAGCACAGGGAUCCUACGUGAGCAGGGACCCAACUUUCUAGCAGAGCUUGAGGGUGAGCGGCUGAGUCUGUAUGGCCAGGGUGCCCUGCGUUGCACCGACCUGGCCUGGGAGAAAUCCAUGGCGGCGGCAGCAACCACUGCACGGUUCCAGUACAUCAACUAUGACGACAUUGUCGACAUCUUCCCAAAAUUACGGGUAAAGUUUCCUCGCCUGGAGAACUUCAUCUUUGUGGAGACCCAUCUGGCCAAGUGCAGCCAGCUCAAUGCCCUCGCCGAGCUGCAUCAGGUCACCUCCCUGGAAGUGGGCAAGGAAGGCAACCCACUCACACAAAUCCCAUACUGGCGGCUGUAUGCAGUGUUCCGGCUCUCUCACUGGGGCCUCAGGCUCAUUGACGGCACAGAGGUGAAUGAGGAGGAGCGCACAGAAGCUGCCGUCAUGUUCAGCCACCUGAGCCAGCUGGCCUUCACCUGCCUCCCACGAGACCAGCUGGCUGCCUUCCUCUCUUCCCACCACCACCACCACCCUCACCACCAAAACCACCCAGCUGAUGACUCCACCUCACCCCCACCAGGCAGUGGUGGUGGGGCACAGGAUGCAGGGGGAGGCACAACAGGCAGAGAGGAGGACGAGGGUCCACGUCUCAACCUUCCACACCUCCAGGACCUCAUUGGGAAGGAGGCGUUGCAGUACCGCCCUGCUGCCCGCCUCACUCAGAGGCGUCGAAAGGAGGAUAACACAACCUUACUGAGCGCCGGAAGACAAGCGAGGCAACUAGCUGUGUGGACCUAUGACUCCCUGCACCGCCUCCACACCCACCACUCCACUUGGCCCUCGGUUCUCCAUGACCUGGUACGCGACGCAGUGACAGACCUUGCAAAGCCCACGUACGGAAAGCAGUGUCUCGAGGAUGUAAAGCGAUCCCUGGGUUGGAAGAAAUGAUGUGGAGUGAUGUGGUGUUCUGGAUUCUAUACCACCAACUUGGUUCACUUUAUAAUGCUAGGACAGAACUGUGCUGCUGUGAGAAUUUACUGAUCUUUUUUAUUGGUGUUUGCAGGGAGAGUUGUCUUAUCCAGUGAAGAAAUUAAGUUUUGAUGAUUGCCAACUUGGUUCACUUCAUAAUGCUGGGAAGGAAUUGUGCUGCAAUGCGAAAGUUAAAUGAUUUUUUUAAACUGGUAUUUGUAGGGAUGGUUGAGUUAUUGCUGUGUGAAUUUGGGAGAGACUGGAGGUGUCAGUUUUUGUAAGGAAAGUCAGUGUAUCUGGGAGUAGGCUGGAUAAGUAAUUACUGUGAGUUUAGGAGUGACUGGUGAUGUGUGUUUGCAAGGGAGGUUGUCUUAUCAAGCAGUGUGACUCUUGGGUUAUUAACUGUUAGUUUAGGAGUGACUGAAGGUGUGAGUGACCAUGUUACAAGUGAUAAUAGUGGAUGAUUUAUAACUACACUUGUAUGCCUUCCCCUAAUGGUGGUGAGUGUACUUGCUCUCUCUCUCUCCUCUCCAACCCUCCAAUGCCCUGUGAGAGGAGAAAUGAGUAUGACAGGUAAUGGGAUGAGUGACAUGAAUGAGAUGUGGACUCAUGACAAAUAAUGAAUGUGAGUGAUGCAAGGUAAGUUACAUACAUGAACAGCAAACAAUGGAUAAGGAAAAUGUUCGUGAAAUUCAAAGCCUAAUGAUCUGAAAGGAAUAAAAUAAAACAAUGGAUAAGCAAAAUCUGUAAGAAAUGCAAGACUCAACUUUAAAGGAAUACAUACACUCUGAAACAAAAGUAUACAUGAAAAAAAUGCUGUUAUUUUUUUUCAUCAUCUAAAGAAGAUAAUGAGCAAGGUUUUUGUUGCAUCACUCAGAGAUCAGCCAAGAAGUCAUCAGCAGUCCUUGACAAGUAACCAUUCAAAUGAUUGGCUACAUGCUGACUGACUGACUUGUUUGGCCAGACAAAGCCAUAAAAGUAAGUUAACAAUGUACAAAGAAGUAUGACAAAAUAGUCAUCUAUGAAAUGACAUAAAUUCAAGUCAUGGUCAAUGAUUGGAUGAGAGCAGUGAAAAUAUAAUAAUGAAUUUUUAAUAAAAUAAAGAGAAAACAUAAAUGGCAUGCUGAAAAAUAAGGUUGAAUUUGAAUGUGUGAGGAGUAAAUGAGAUUCUGAAGCAUUAGUAAGAGCAAUGAAUAGAAGUGAAGUGUGGUGCAUGUCUGACCUGCAGCAUCUGGUGGCUCAAACCUGCAAACAUCUUGUAAGACUGACAGACAUGUUACUUACUUCCCAAUAAAAGUUUCAUGAAGUUUUCCAGCAACAUUUUCAUUACUAAGAUUCCUCCUAAUCAAUAAUCAACAAAUAAAAGAAAACAGACUAGACAUUUUCUUGGUGAAUAAAAAUAAAUAAACAAAACAAACAUGAGGCUGAAUCAACAACACACCAGGGAUUGCCAUGGAAGUAUCCAAACACCUUUAACACCUUACACAGCAUCCACAGCUUCCCUCCUGCCUCACCUCACCUUCCUCUAGAGUCUAGACA